CCGUUGGCAUUCCACAUUUUCGAUCAUAAUGAUUAAUGAGUACUGGUCCGAGGGGUCAACGAUUCCAUCCAGAGACGCGGGAUUUACGUGCUCUUCCCGCCGAUUGCUUCGCCGCCAUCAUCUCCUUAACGAGUCCUCUCGAUGCCUGCAAAUUGUCACUAGUUUCCCCCUUUUUCAACUCUGUCGCCAGUUCCGACGCCAUUGGGUUAAGUUUUACCGGCCGACUAUCAGAAUUUGGUUCCCGCAUCGCGCUUCGUUUCUUCCUUGAAGGACCUUUAUCUCAGCCUCUGCGAUCAUCCUGUACCCAUUGAAAAUGGCAAAAAGAUGGUGAAGAUGUACAAAAUGAUUACGGAUACCCAAUAGAGAGGGGAGACGGUUGGUCAGAGCUAGAGUUGGGUGAAUUCUUCAAUGAAGGAGGUGAAGAUGGCAAAUUGAAAGUAUGAAUUUUUCGUUUCAAUGGUCACUGGAAGAGCGGUGUCAUUAUUGAAGGCAUUGAAAUCUGGCCAAAUUAGCAGGACACGACAAGAUUUUCUUCCACCCUAUGUAUCUUAUGUGCAUGCAGGAAAAAAUUGCUCCUGUUAGAUUGAGUGUCAUGCACUAGUCUUCAUAAAUGUACGAGUUCUAUUGUUAUCUAGACACAGUCUGAAUCUUUAUUUGAUCAAUGCCUGCAUAAUCUGUAGUGUUAAUUACUAGUUUUGAUUUGAUUUAG